UUUUUUGUUUUUUAUUCUUUUUCUCUCUUCUUUUAUUUACUCUUUUUAAAUUUUUCAUUAAAAAAAUGGGCUUAAUAGAUAAAAUUAAAAAUAGUUACGACUACUACAAAGUUGACAAAUAUACAAAGAGACGUGUGUCGCAAUCCCAGUUUGAAUCCCACGAUCGACGUUACUAUGAAAAUGCUUACCGGGAUGGCGAUUAUGUCAAUCCUCAAGACCUCUCUACCGACACUUCUUCUCAGCACUCUCGCCUUAGUUACAAACCAUCACGCUGGUCUUUUCAUGAUUUAAUGAAAAGCAAAAAGCAAUUAACGGUUGCUACCAGUCAGCUGAAAACUUCAGAAACCUAUACUUAUGGUGGAAGAGGUUAAAUAUAUAUCCCCCUACCACCCCUUUCCCACUACUACCAUUUUUUUUUCUUUCCCUGUACAAUUAAUCCCCUUUUUUUUUUCAUUAUUACUACUCACUCUCCCCACACACAUAUCCUGUUUCUCUCAAUAAAAAAAAAAAAGAUUCCAUAUAAUGA